AUGGUCAUUGUUCUUACUUGCGAAACAAUGCGAUCAAGAGUUGUAGCAGAGAUCGUGAGUAAGGAUCAACUCGUGGUAUAUGACUCAGGCUUAUAUUACAAAUUUAAGAGAAUGCUCAAAUCAUACCACUUCCUCCGCCACCUCCACCCUCCACCUCACAUGUCACAGCUCAAGCGUCAGUUUUAUCAAAGUGAUGAGAACCCUGUGACGACUCUGGUGGUGGCCGAGUCUAGAAAAUAG